AUGUCGCGCAGCCAGGCCGCGUUUGGCGUCGCUGACACGCCCACUACCCUCCUAUCGGGGCGCGCGUCGACGUUGACCGUCACUGAAGGCAUCAUUCAGCCUUCGAUGACAUCAGAGAAGGUCGCCCAGCCUGUUCUUCACGUCGACGACCCUAUCCUAGCCUUCUCCAGGACACGCAAAUGGAUCGUAACGCUAGUCGCAUGUUCCUUCACUCUCUUAGUCUCUGCCGCCACUACCUCCUACACGAUGGGCUUCACGUCCAUGAUGCGCGAUCUCGACUGUACGCGACUUGAAGCCGUGCUGGGUCUAUCGACCUACGUCAUCGCCUUUGGCAUAUUCCCCCUCCUCACCUCGGCCUUCAGUGAAGAGUUUGGUCGACAGCCGUUGUACUUUUGCUCGUUGGCUGUCUUCUUGCUCAUGCACGUUGCGGUGGCUUUGUCCCCGAAUUACCAAGCAAUCGUGGUGUUUAGGUUCAUACAAGGUGCUGCGGGGUCAGCUGGGGCUACGAUGGUAGCGGGGACGAUCGCUGAUAUAUGGGUUCCACAAGAGCGUGGCUUGCCCAUGAGCUUGUACUCCAUUCUCGCAUUCGGCGGAAAUGGCAUCGGUACCCUCAUGGGUGGUUGGAUCGAGAUGAACCCCCGGCUAGGAUGGAAAUGGAUUCAAUGGAUCUCCCUCAUUUUCGGAGGAGCUCUUGCGCUCGUGUUCUUCCUCGUCAUGCAAGAAACGCGGUCAGCUGUUAUCACGCGGAAGAGGGUUAAAGCCUCGGGCGAGAAGCAGCUUGAAAGCAAGGUUGGGUUGCCGCCGCCCAAGUUGGAUUUGAAGGCUAUGCUUUGGAUCUCGGCGACCAGGCCGUUGAUCUUGUUCCUCACUGAACCUAUCAUCUUUGCGAUGUCGUUGUGGAUAGGAUUCGUCUGGGGCGUGUUUUACUGCAUGAUUGCAUCGGUCCCACAAGUGUUCAGCGAACUGCAUGGUUUCAAUAUCGGUGAAGUCGGCACUGUGAACAUUGCAAUGCUUGUAGCGGUUUUCAUCGGCUAUUUCACGAACCUGUUUCAGGAACGGAUAUACCACACUAAAGUCGUCAAACGUUUUGUCGAAGCACGGCUGUACAUGUGCUGUGCGGCUGCUGCUCUGUUCCCUAUCUCGAUGAUCAUGUUCGCUUGGUUCUGCCGGUCUGACAUUCAUUGGAUCGCGUUGGCGAUUUCGUUCACCUUGUACCUUUGGGCGGUGUUUACCAUCUAUCUCGCGAUCUUUAGCUAUCUGGCUGAUUGCUACGAUACAUAUGCGUCUUCAGCGUUGGCAGGACAGAGUCUCAUUCGAAAUGUGAUUGGUGGUAUCUUCCCUCUCUUUACGACGCAGAUGUUUGACGCUCUUGGGUACUCUUGGGCCAAUACGAUCUUUGCAAUCGUCGGGGUGCUGAUGAUCCCUAUACCAGUGACUCUUCUCUUCUGGGGCUCGCGUAUUCGAGCGCGGAGUAGCCGGUGCAUCAAGGAUGGUGUGCCGACGAAGGAGACGGAAUCACCGGUUUCGUCUCAGGGAUGA